AUCUCAUUGAUAACUUACAGUGACAAGAAUAACCUCUCAUUGAUAACUUACAGUGACAAGAAUAACCUCUCAUUGAUAACUUACAGUGACAAGAAUAACCUUCAGGUGAUCAUACAUCCAUCAUCGUCCACUUGUCAUCCAUUGACAUUCACUCGUCAUCCAUCGGCCUCGUCGCGUUGACUAUUAACAUAUACAGCUUGUUGGCUCAGGGUCACUACAUUGUAAUCUUAAUUAAGCUGUCAUCCACCCAACCAUUGUCUCACAAGUCAUCCACCUGCCACUGCUUAUCAAGUCAUCCACCCAACCACUGCCUCAUAAAUCACUCACAUAACCACUGUCUCACAUGUCAUCCACCCAACCAUUGCCAUUGUCUCACAAGUCAUCCACCCAACCACUGCUUAUCAAGUCAUCCACCCAAUGACUGCUUAACAAGUCAUCCACCCAACCACUGUUUCACAAGUCAUCCACCCAACCACUGUUUUACAAGUCAUCCACCCUCCACUACUUAUCAAGUCAUCCACCCAACCACUGUUUCACAAGUCAUCCAUCCAGCCACUGCUUAGCAAGUCAUCCACCCAACCAUCGUCUGCAAGUCAUCCACAACUUAAUUCAUUUCCAAAUAAGUCAUCAACCCAACAAGUCAUUCACCCAACGAAUCAUCCACUCAACAAAUCAUCUACCCAACAAGUCAUCCACCCAACCAAGUCACCCACCAGACAAGUUAUCCACUCAAUAAGUCAUCUACACGUCAAUUCAUCCACCCAACAACUCAUCCACUCAACAAAUCAUCCACCCAGUAGGUCAUCUACCCAACAAGUCACCCACCUAAGAAGUCAUCCACUCAUCAAUUCAUCCACCAACAACUCAUCAACCCAUCAAGUCAUCCACCCAAGUCAUCCAUCUAACAAAUCAUCUACUCAUCAAGUCAUCCACUCAACACGUUAUUCACCCAAUAAGUCAUUCACCCAUUGUCAUCCACUCAAGAAGUCAUCCUUCCAAUAAGUCAACACAUUACGUCAUCCACCCAAUAAACCAUCCACUCAAGUCAUCCACCCAAUAAGUCGACUACCCAUUAACUCAUCCACCCAACAAGUCAUCCACCUAAUAAGUCAUCAACCCAUCAAGUCAUCCAGCCACCACAUCAUCCACCCAUAAAGUCACCCACUCAGCAACUGAUCCACUCAGAAACUCCCCAACCCAAUUAGACAUCCACCUACCAACUCAUCCACCCAAGAAGUCAUUCACUUUCAAGUCGACCAUCCAUCAAGUCAUCCCCUCCAUAAGUCAUCCAUUUAAUAAGUAAUCCACUCAACUAGACAUCCACUCAUCAAUUCAUCCACCCAACAAAUCAUCCACCUAUUAAGUCAUCCUCAACAAGUCACCCAUCCAACCACUACUUAGCAAGUCAUCCAAUCACCAAGUCACCCACACAUCAAGUCAACCACCAAUCAAAUCAUCCACCAAUCAAAUCAUCCACCCAACAAGUCAUCCACUCAACAACUCACCCACCCAUCAAGUCAUCCACCAAUCAAAUCAUCCACCAAUCAAAUCAUCCACCCAACAAGUCAUCCACCCAUCAAAUCAUCCGCGCAUUAAGUCAUCCACCAUCAGGUCAUCCACUCAAGUCAUCUAUCCAUCACAUCAUCCACUCAAGUCAUCUAUCCAUCAAAUCAUCCACUCAACAAGUUAUCCACCACACCACCCCAACUACUGUUGCCUCACAUUAUUCCUGCAAGACCAUAACCUGGAGGUGAUCAUCCCAUAUACGAGAUAAUCCUGUUACCGGCGCCAGGCCCCCUCUUCCUCCUGCUGGCUUCACUCACCUCUGUUACUAACUGUUCCACUGUUCCCUAAUAAUAUCGCCUUGCUAUUCCACUAUACCAUCGCAACACCGCCUAGCUGUUCCACCGUAUCCUAUCAACAUUCCGUGCAACUGUACCCUAGCAACACUUGUCUCUCUGGCCCCUGUAGCCUAGCAGCACCGUCUUUCUAUUGCACUGUAGCCUAGUAACAGCACCGAGCUGUCACCUCAAACUUGUCCUCGGUGGUGACUGAAGGGCCUGGUCAUCCCUGAACCACCUGGAACACUACACAACAUCUCGAGACUACCCCCAGCAAACACAAAAAAAUAAUCUUGUGUUCCCACCAGUCUUAACUCCACCACUCAUGUUUCCCGACAUGCACUUCCCUUGAAUACCAAGGCGGGGAACACCGGGGAACACCUCUCAAACAUGACGGCGUCAGGCUUGGCCAAGAGUUAGCUGUCGCUAGGUGGACGGUGAGAUAGUCCUGGCAACAAUAGUUAAAAGAACCCCCGCGUCCUUUGGUUUUAUUCCCCACCACGAAACCUUUACGCAGCCUCGCCGCUCCAGCAGCGCUAACAUUGCACCACCCUCCACAUUACGCUCCCAGAGUUCAAAGCUGCACGGCGCCGGCUGGAAGACCUCACUCUCCAUACAUUUUAGACCGCUUCUUACUCAAGAACAACGACGGGCCGCACGACUGGGGGCAGUUUGAGGUACUGAAUGAGCAGACUUAUUGAGACGCAGCACGAGUCGCACCUCCACACCACGGCACACCGAGGCUCGCCACAGGAUAAUCAUCGCACGGGCCAAGAGUCUGAACCGUAAUUAUUGCCCAAGAAGGCUGCCGCUCUUCAACAAACAGCCAUACUGGCUCGGGGACGACAACGGAGCAGUGCGGGCAGUUACCACACGCCUCUAACAACACAACCUGCCAAACAAGAGUGUUUAUAUAUCACGCAAGCGGGUAUAACAUUAUAGCAUAGACAGUGACAAAGGCAAUUCCCUUCAGCAAAGUAGCAGGCUGGCAAGCAUAAAACGGAAAGUAUUUGGCUUUACUUCAAGGUAUGACGCAUAUAGCGGUCAGUGAAUGAUGUCUGGUUGGUUCCAUCGCGCUGGGGUGAGUUGUCAAGCUCAGGUCACCCUCCGGGACGCUGACCCUCGCCCUGGCUCAGGCCUUGACCUCCAUCGCUGGCAACUUUCAGUACUGUCAAGGAUGUAAUUACCGCCAAGUAUUACCAUCUAGUUACUCAGUAUUUCAUUCAGUAUUAAAUUAAUCCAAGUGCCAAAAUAAUAUUCAUGAAUGCUCGGAGACGAAAAAAGAAUGAAUUUAUUCUAAAAAUCAAGAAAAUGUCUUAUUUAAGCAAACAUUUUGAUAAUUAGUAAAAACAAUUAUUUACGAAAAUAUAAACAAUUUGCACGUUGUUGUUAACAGUAUUAAUAGUCUUCCUGUUUAAUCUGAUAAGUGUUGAGGAAGUGAUAAUGUAUGUGUGUAUAACAAAGUGAAGUGUCGUGAAAGUGACAAUUCAGAUUGGAACGUAGGUCUUCCAGCUACUGAUAAGAUAUAAGAGACAAAUGAAAAAUGUUCGCUGGUCAUUGCUUCCUGUAGCGUAAGUGUGGCAAGAGUGAGGGGAGGGAGAUAUGUGAAGAGUUCUAACGUCUGACCGUAAGAGAAGUAUCCUCUGACCUUUGCCAGGGUCGCUUGGGGUGGGCGAGGAGCGAAUUCGCGGGCUGUCAACAGGGGCUAGUAAAUAGUCUUUUUAUGAAAUCACGAAAUUGCUUGGAGUAAGCUGCAACAGCGCUCUUGAGAGCAGGGAGUUUGAGAGUCAACGUUUUUGAGUGAAGGUGUGAGGCAGCGGCCAGCACGCCAGCAGCGGUGACUGGUAAAAGCCUACCCAUACCGCGCUAUCCUAAGUUACAAGACACCUACGCAGUUCGCGCGAUCGUAAAUUAGAAGACACCUACGCAGACUACGCGAGUAGGAACUACAAGACACCUACGCAGACUACGCGAUCAGAAACUACAAGACAUCUUCCCAGACCACGAUAGCGCCAACCCCAAGUUUCCGAUACAACACAACCCACAUAAAAUAAACAAAAUUGGUUAAAAGCCUCCACGACUAGUUUUGCAACGCACAAACAAUUGGCGUGACGACGAACAAGAGAAAAACGAUUAAUUAUCUGGAGUAAGAAAACAAGAGAAAGUUGCAGGCGGUCGAGAGGAGGUUCCCGGGAGAGUAAACAAUGGGUAGCAGCUGUUCUUCGUCACAGUCGAUGAAGGACAAUGUCUCCGUCAAGAGUGAAGACUAUGCCAUGGACCAAAAGGUCAGUUCGCAGCACCCGUCGGCUGCCACCCCGACACCAGCGAGGCCCACCAGCUCCUCCGCUGACGACCACAGCUGCGACACGGAGAGCUGCCUCUCGGAGAAGGCCGCCGCCUCCAAUACACAGCCCGCCAAGACUCCCAUCUUCGCUAAGAUGUCUGGCGACAGAGUCUCCAACACAACCGCCUUAAGCUUGGCGCACAUGGAGAACUCUGCCCCGGCGGAUGUGAAGGAGUCGCCCCACACGUCCCGCGGGGUCAUCCCCAACCUGGGUCACCUGCCUGACCUCAACCAGCUCUCUGAUGUCAUCCGUAACCUGGUGAUGGGGAACGUCGUGCACGUCAAGCCCAUCCUCAAGCCCAGGAAGAUCUGCGUCUACACCUGCGCCGAUCUUAAAGACACGAUAAUGGAGCGGUCGGCCUUGAUGCAGCACGUGUACCCGAAGCUUCGCCUAUACUGCAUGGAGAAGGGCUACGAGCUCAACAUCGUCGACCUACACUGGGGGAUACCUGACGAACGCCUCGAUGACCACUCCUUCAAGGAACUCUGUCUCGGACACCUCACAAGCCAGGCCCGGGACUUCCACGUGGUGACUCUGGUCUUCCUCAACGAGACCCUCGGCAACGCUCUCCUGCCGCGGGUGAUCGACGCUCCGGACUUCGACCAAGCCGUCUCCGCCGUGGAGCUGGACACUGACAGAGACCUUUUCAGGAAGUGGUACCACUGGGACGCGAGCGCUCACCCUCCCUGCUACAAGCUCCAGCCCAUCACUUCCGCCAUUCCUGACAUCAAGGACGCCAGCAGCAGCAGUGCUCCUCGCCGCUGCCGGUGGCCGCAGGAGAUCAAGCAGAGCAUCUUCAUGAACCAGGAGAGCGCCAAGCACGGCCUCUGGAUCUGCCGCAAGUUCACGCACUUCCCCUCACACAACAUCCCGGCCCAGGGCAAGGUCUACGUGUGCGUCGAACCGGAGAGCAAGAAGCGUCUCGAGAUCCUUCAGAGCGAGCUGAAGGAGCGGCUGGACGAGAUCAGGAUGCUCAAGUUUCGCGUCAAGUGGCACAACUCCGGCAUGAACUCUGAGGUCCCGGAACACGCCCAGUUCGUGGAGGACCUGUGUGCGCAGGUCUCCCCGCUCCUCAUCUCCAUCAUCGACAGCAUCAUAGAGGAGGACGAGUCUAAGGAGGAGCUCAAGACGUACCUGGGAAUCGAGAAGCGACUGUUUCACGAACUGAUGCAGCACUCCCUCAUGUGCCAGGUCCGCUACGGGAACUUCCAGGGCCGCCAGGAGCUCCUCACCCAGAUCAGGAGGUACCUGAUCAGCGACUCACGAGUGCCGCUCAUCAUCCACGGAGAGGCCGGGUGCGGGAAGUCGUCUCUGAUCGCCAAGGCCGCAGAGAGGUGCUCUGAGUGGCUGGUCGACGUCCCGCUCGUCGUCAGAUUGGUGGGUGUGACGCCGGGGUCGUCGACGACAGAGCAGGUCCUGCGCUCCAUCGCCGAGCACUGCUGCGCCCUCUUCGGCGACCACCGCGCCCAGGCGGCCAAGGGCGUGCGUCACAUGGCCGCCUUCCUGACGCACGUGUGGUCGAAGGCGUGCAAGCUGCGUCCCCUGGUCAUCAUGCUCGACGGCCUCGACCACGUCAAGGGAUAUGGGUCGACCUCGCUGGAGUGGGUGCCCAGUGAGCUGCCGGAGCACGUCAAGCUCAUCAUGACGGUGAGGGACGAGUCCCCGCACAUGUCCCUCCUACAGAGCCGCGGCGAAGACCACGUCUGCUUCCUGAAGGUGCCGCCGCUCACCGUCGACGAAGGGUACAGCAAGUUUGAGGGACUCGUGAAGCAGCACCACCGUAGCGUCAGCAAGGAACAGAGGGAACUGGUCAGCAAGCACAUCCAGGAGUGUCCACUCCCACUCUAUGUUCAGGUGGCGGGAGAGCUGGCGGGCCAGUGGACCGGGCCUCAGCUACCCCUCACACCCACACUCCACCAGCAGAUCAAUGUUGUCUUCGACCAUCUGGAACACACCUAUGGCCAGGUGGAGGUGUCGCACACGCUGGGCUACUUGACGGCUGCCAAACACGGCCUCUCAGACUCGGAGAUGAUUGACAUUCUCUCCUGCGACGAGACUGUUCUGGAGAAGGUCUUCGUGCACUGCACCCCGCCAGUACGUCGGUGUCCGUCGCUGCUGUGGGUGCAGAUCUCUAAGCAGCUUGAGCCGUUCCUGAUGAAGAGGAUCGUAGCUGGGAUCUGCCUCCUCACGUGGCGUUACGAGAGCUUCCGCGAGGCAGCGCGAGCACGCUACCUGGGCACGCCCGACCAGAUCACCGCCAGCUGCACUGAGCUCAUCGACUACUUCCAGGGCAAGUGGGCCAACGGAGUGAAGAAGCCGCUGCCUGUGGACGAGGCUGGGGUGGAGGACUCCAAGGACCGUUACGUUCUUGACCAGCCCAUUAAGUACCGGGGCAGCAACAUGUCCAAGAUCUCCGUACAGCCAGCCUUUGUUCGCCACAACCGACGCACGCUGGACGAGCUACCGUACCAAGUCCUACAGCUGCGGGGCCGGAUACUUGAGGAAUUCAUCCUCAACUUUGACUGGGUGUACGAGAAACUCUGUGGAUCAGAUACAUACCAGGUGCUGGAAGAUGUGUGUCUGGCAUUGACCAACCACAACAACAACGUUGAGUUGGUACUGCUUAAGGAAGUGUUGGAGCUGGCAGCGUAUGCUCUGGGGUAUGAUGGGCGGCAGUUCUACUCUCAGGUAUGUGGUCGGUUGUCUACCCUCAUGUCGGACCCACAUAACCAUGAGACAUAUCCCGUCAUCAAGAAGCUCUACGACACAGCAUCAAGUGCUCCGGUUCCCUGCCUCCUGCCGCUCACAGUCUGCCUGCACCAACCCUUCCAGGAUGAGCAUAUGAGACUAGGGGACGGAGAGGUCUACUUCAACGCGUUGAUCAGAGCUCGUCACAACCCCCACUACGUCAUCACCCUCUCCACGGACCGAGAGGAAAUAGCUGUGUGGAAUAUCUUUACUAUGACCCCAGUUCGCACCCUCACAGGCAUCACUCAGCCGCGGAAACUCAAGAUGAUUGAUGACUACCGAUGUUUGGUUCUUUGUGGUCGUGAACUUCGCAUCUAUAACUUUGAUGAAGGACUCUUUGUCAUGAAGUUACGUGAAGUUAUGAACCAGAAGAUGCCAUAUUUUGGUCUGCAUGACAAGGACCACGUGGUGGCACUCUCUCGCUCCAGGAUGUAUGUCAACAUGAUGAACCUACAAAAUGGCGACUGUGUGGCAACAUUCAAAGUGGGAGAAGACAGAUUUCUGAAUAGUUUAAUGGUGUCUGAAAAUGGCAAGAUCUGUGUGUGUGGAGAUGAGACCCAGAAGCCCUCAGCUCUACUGGUGUGGGACCUGGAACUCCGGAAGCUGAUGUACGACCUCCGUAUACCUCACCACGAGUUCAUCACGCGCAACGCUGCCAUCACCAAAGAGGGCCACUAUGUGUGCUGCGUCUGCAGGGAAGUGGAUGAACCAGCGCCUAACUUCAUUGUGGUGUAUGACCUGCAGAGUGGAACCCUCUUUAAGAAGUGGAAGCCAGGAGUGAACAUCAUUUCCAUCGCUAUAUCUUCAGCGGGGAGCUGUGUUAUUGUUGGCCUCGAGGACUCCAAGCUGAUGGCGUAUGAUCUCAUUACAGGUAAUCCCCGAUGGACUCUGAAAGGACACACUGCCCCUCCAACUACCAUUAGACUGGACAACCGAGGACUUCAGUGUCUUACAUAUGAUUCCUUAGGUCGAGAUCGAUCUGUAAGAGUUUGGGACAUUCAUACUGGUAAUAGUCUUGCUGUGAUGACCCCUGACCAGGCCAUCACUGCUUGUGAGAUCUCCAGUGAUGGUAAGGCUGUAGUGAUGGCUUUAGAAGGAAGGAAUGAGAUUGUUACUUUCUUACUAUGUCACCAGUCAGGAGUAGAUGGCCACGCAACCCCCAAGUCCUACGGAAAUGACACUAACAAAGGCAAAGUGUUUGACUUAAGCCAAGCAGGAUAGUGUGUAAGUCUUCUGUGUGGUACUGGUGGGUGCAGUGUCUUGCUCAUGGUCAAGACACACAUACUCAUGUGCAUCACCUAUACAGAUAUAUAUAUAGUGCAUUAAAAGCACAUAUAAAUGGUGAUGCCACCAGAGUUACACGAGAGAUGUAACAUGAUGCCUUUCCUACUGCGAAGUACCCAUGGAGUCUCACUUUAGUGUAGUGGUUAGUGGACUCCGCUCACAGCUGAUCGGACUUGUGUUCAAAUUCUCGGGCAGGGCAAAGGAAUUGGGGAUCUUUCGUUACAUCUGACGCCUCUGUUAAUCAAGCAGUAAAGUGGUAGCAGGAAGUUAAGCCAUUGUUGUGGGUUACUUCCUGGAAAAGGUAGGUGUUGGUUAAUGAGGACCUUGCUAUGCCUAACAUUUCCUGUCCUUCAACAAUGUGAAACAAUAACAUGUCACAAAGUUGGUCAGUGUAUAAGGUUUUAGGUUGAUAAUGGAGUACCACAUAAAGAAGGACUACUUUACAAUGUCAUACUGAGUUAUGGUGGUCUGCAGUGGGCCAUGUUUGUUAUUCAUAAAGCGGUCAAGUCUUCUGAUAUUACAGAAGCUCCUGCACGUGAACAUGAUUUUUGGCUGUGGUAUCCAGACUAUUGUAGUUUUCUAAACAUAUUCUGAAACUAAUAUUAAUAAGAAUACAUGAUAUUGCAAUAUUAUUAUACUGUAUACAAUAUAAUAUACAUCAAGUUUUUACCACUUAGAAAACACACAAUCAUGCAUGACAUAUACAUUCACAGGUCAAACCUUCCAGUAUUCUGAUUAAGUUUAGUUUAAGAACCUGUUAUUCUGUAUGGUAAAACAUGUUUGUCUUGCUUCACAUGUAGAUCUGUCAUCACUUAGUGUAGAUAUACAAAUCAUUGUCUUCUACCAUAAAUGCGUGUAAAAAUUGUUUUUGAUGUCAACCAAAAAAUAUUGAAUGGAUAAGUUUGCAGAUAUGACCUUUGCCUUUCAUAGUCUUAUAAUAUUCCAAAACGGUUUUGUCAUAUUAUCUUGAAAUUACAGCAGUAUGAAAUUAAAUUUUUAAUAUGUAAUAUUUUGUUACGAGAACUGACCAUACUGUUCUGUUACGAGAACAGUAAUUAGAUUGACAGUCUGUUUGAAUUCAUUGCUCAAUGUGGACAAGGAUGUACAUCAGCUCAUAAUAUAUACCCUUACAAUAGAUCAAUAGGCUGUAAUAUAAAUUUAAACCAAAGAAGUUGACAAAAAAAAUCUGCUUAGCAGAUUAUCAAGUCAACUUCUGAAAGUGAAUACCUAUAUAACACCUCCACUCAUAACCCAGUUGAAGAGAUUAUUUUAUACGAUUUAUAUAUAAUUACAAGUAUUUAUACGAUUUAUAAAUAAUUACAAGUAUUUAUACAAUUUAUAAAUAAUUACAAGUAUUUUGCAGAUCUUUCAUUAGAGUUUCAAGAGAAUUAGAAACAUAUUGAUUUAGUAUACAGAGAAGGAUACAGAGGACAUAUUUUAACACUUUCUAUCGGGUAAUUUUCAUAUUUAAGAUAAGAAUAGCUUAAACAAUAGAUGUUUAAGAAGCAUCUUUGUAGCUUUCACAUUUAAGUAAUGUUAUCUGAAAGGAAAUUACAGAUUUACAAUACUCAAACCCUAGAAGAGUAAUGAUAAAGAAUAAUCUCGCUGGUAUUAAUUACGUCGUCUUUGAUUUAAACAAAAAAAAAGGACAAUUCUUAUGUAAACUUCAAAUGAAUAUUUACUGAAAGUUAGAGAUAAUGAGCCCUGUUGACAAAUUAUUGUUACGUAUAUAAACACACAUGACACAUACCUGUACCGUUCCUGACAAUCAUUUAGAAUCUGAAGCAAAGUAAAGUAAAAGUUCAUUCAUCACAGAUGGCUGGGCACUCAGAUUCACAGAAUUCAUUUUUAUUUUACAGUGGAUAGGAUGCAAUUUUUUUUUAGUACAGUACUCUAUGUAUUAGUUAUGGCCCAUAAGACACAAAUAAAAAAAUUAAUUUAUUAUUUAAGAGAAAUAUAAUAAAACUUGUCAUGCCUCAUGUUCAACUAAUUGAUUGUUUAUAUUUAUAACAGAGAGAGUACAUCUUAUCAAUCAAGAUAUCAAACCAAAUUUCAGCAAGAGACCACCUUGACAAUUGAAUUCAGUUUUUGUCACCAUGAUUGUUUACAAUACUACAGUAUUGUAUAGCCAUAGCACUUGUGUGUGUGUGUUAUUAAGCAAAUCAAUAAUGGUAAAAGCUAAACAGAUUUAAUUAGUAGUAUGCUAGUAAAUUCUUGAUAAUUACCAAAAGAAAACUGAGAUACAUUAAAACAUUGGCAGCAUUUGUAUGAGAACCGGGCAUUGAUCCAUAUACCUGUACAACAUCAGCCAUGCAUUACAUACAAUAGUUGGUGUAAAAACUGUUAUUUGUAAGAUAAAUUCAUUAAGUAACACUGUUAUCAUUAUGUAAAUAAGUUACGAGUGUGUAAAUAUGUUAUUGUUCGUUAAUUUCACCUAGUUCCUUGUUGAAAUUUCUUUUUGUUUAAUAUGGUUUAGUUUUAAGUGUCUGUCUAGUUAAUGUUAGAGAGGUAAACUGAUGAAGAGCUUACAUGCUAUACACUCACUCCAGUGCUUUGUUGAGUUCUCAGUUUUGUUUCAUUGAUACUGUUGCUUCUGUCUUGGGCUUAUAUAAGCACAAACAUUAUAUUUGCAUGAAAAUAAGAAUAUAAAAAUAAUAGCAGAAGUGUGAUGUUUUUCCAACCCAUAAGUAUUCCAACUUUGACAUCAUCUGUACAUAUCAUGCAUUCUUAAGUGAUAAAUGUGCACUGUUGAUAGUAUAGCAUGAAAGGAAACCUAUGUAUAGAUUGAAUGGAAUACUGUAUUUGUGUUGGCCAGAAUCCUACAUCAUUGCCUUGCAAAUGAACAGACUGUUUGGAGAUUAAAUAAUUAAAAAAAAAGCAAGUAUAAUGGUUGAACAAAUUUAAAUUUAUUUUUAAAGGUAAUUCAUUUAAGCCUAGUAUAUAUGUAUAUAUAUAUAUA